UUGGCGAUUGUUCUUCAUCGGAAAAUCUAAUUCGAGGUUGGAAAAACCCCUCCUCAGAAAUGGUUUUAAAGAAACUCUUGGGUCAGUGAGCUGAAACUGUGCUAUUUUCUGAGGUAACGAGGGUUAAUUGGUGCCUUUUUGAUUUCUGGUCGCAGAGCCGGAUUUUUUUUUUGGUGGCGAAUCCUGAGAGAGGGAGAGACCCCGCGGAAUUGUGUGAUCAUUUAUUUUUAAAAAUCUGUUUCUCUCUCUCUCUCUCUCUCUUCACCUUAUCCGGGGAUACACUCCACCUCCCGACUUGUUUUGUCGGUUGAAGUUGUUUCUUUGCCAAGUGAGUGAGUGAGGAGAGCGGGAGAGGGUGGUCUCUCUCAUUCUCUGAGGGAGACGGAGACUUUGGGAAAGCGGCUUCGAGGGAAUAAAGCGGCGGCGGCGGCAGGAGCCUGUCUACAAUGAGUGAACAAAGUAUAUGCCAGGCGCGGGCUGCUGUUAUGGUGUAUGAUGAUGGCAAUAAGAAGUGGGUACCAGCUGGUGGAGCAACUGGAUUCAGUAGAGUACAUAUUUACCACCACACAGGCAACAACACGUUCCGAGUAGUGGGGAGAAAAAUUCAGGACCAUCAGGUGGUGAUAAAUUGUGCCAUUCCAAAGGGACUGAAAUAUAACCAGGCCACACAAACCUUUCAUCAGUGGCGAGAUGCCAGGCAGGUCUACGGUUUAAAUUUUGGUAGCAAAGAAGAUGCCAAUGUGUUUGCAAGUGCCAUGAUGCAUGCCCUGGAAGUUCUAAAUUCCCAGGAUUCAGGUCCAACGCUGUCACGACAGAAUUCACAAUUAUUUCCACAAGUGCAGAAUGGUCCAUGUCAGGAGGAACUGGAAAUUCAGAGGCGACAACUGCAAGAGCAGCAACGACAGAAGGAACUAGAAAGAGAACGCUUGGAGCGUGAGCGAGUGGAACGUGAAAGAUUGGAAAGAGAAAGGCUUGAACAGGAACAGGUAGAACGUGAAAAACAAGAGAGAGAAAAACAUGAGCGUAUGGAACAAGAAAGACAGGAACGGGAAAGACAAGAAAGAGAGGAAAUGGAAUGGCAAGAAAGAGAACAACAAGAACAGCUUGAGAGAGAACAGCUGGAGUGGGAGUUGGAACGAAGGAUGUCAUCUGCUGCCUCAUCUUUUGAAUAUAACACACCACCUCCUGAAUAUAGUAGCUGUCAACCCCCUUCAAUUCCUCCCCCACCUUACACAAAAGCUGUAUCUGCUGUCCCUGUCUCAUCAUUCACUCCCUCCUCAUCUGAUUCUGUCUCAGAAUAUGCAUCACUAGCCUCAUCUAAUUCCACCCCACCAACCCCACCUUUACGCCACUCAGCAUCUCGCUUUGCCACUUCACUUGGUUCUGCCUUCCAUCCAGUCUUACCCCAUUACGCAACUGUUCCCCGUCCUGUUCAUAGAACGCCUGGACCACCAUCUCCCAUCAGUGCUCCUCCGUCUCUUCCCUCAGUGCCCAAACCAGUGGUCUGGUCUGCCACUAAUUUUUCCCCACUUCCACCUUCACCACCUGUGGUUAUAAGCAGUCCACCUGCCAAAGCCACAGGCCCUCGACCAGUUCUUCCUGUUCCAACUCCCAUCCAAAUCCAGAAGCCACCAUCACCUACUGGCAUUAAUAGCGCAUCAGAUAUUCUACACCAACAAGCCUCAAAUCCUGUUCAAGCUACACCACCACCGCCACCUCCACCUCCACCUCCUCGUCCUCCAUCUCAUCUGCCGCUCUCAAUGGCAUCAUCUUACACCACUCCUGCAUUCUCAAAUACCACUGUCCCUAUGUCUCAGCCUUCUGUACCACUACCUCCCUCUACAGUCACCCCUACCUCCCCUAAGCGGCCUGCCUCUGCUGAGAACUCUUUCUUUUGGCUGGGAGACUCCUCGGCUCCUGAGCCGAUCACCCAGGCACCCCCUCAGCUGGCUGAACCUACAGUUCUACAGGGUGUUGCCCCAACAAGCGAUGGUGUACAAGGACCACCAGCCCCUCCACCUGCCCCCCCUCUUCCUCCUGGGCCACCACAGCUUCCAACAUCUGGACCACCACCGCCUCCAGUUCCACCACCGGCACCUCCACUGCCAGUGUCAGGACCUCCUCCUCCACCUGGACCACCACCUCCCCUUCCUGGGCAGACCUUACCUCCUGCCCCACCACCACCUCCUGCCCCACCUCUUCCAUCCUCAGGUUUUUCAUCAUCCUUGGCUGAAGAUGAUCGUCCAUUGACAGGAUUAGCAGCUGCAUUGGCUGGAGCAAAACUCAGGAAAGUGGGCCGGACUGACGAAGGUUCAAGUUCUAUAACAGGCAGCAUUGGUUCAGUGUCCACUUCUUCUAAAGUUGAGUCAUCACGGAGUAAUGGAGCUCCGAUUUCUAUAGGAGGUACUGGUCUGAUGGAAGAAAUGAGUGCCCUGCUGGCCAGGAGGAGGAGGAUUGCUGAGAAAGGUUCAGUUCCUGAACCAGACCCAAAAGAGGAAAAGAAUGAAGAAUCUGAAUCUUCAAAUAUGAAAGCCCCAACUGCAGCAACCACAUCAGAAACAACUAGAAAGCCUUGGGAAAGAUCAAACACUGUAAAUGGCAACAAAUCGCCAGUAAUUUCCAGAAGCAAAUCUGCAUCAAGUGGCCCAGCAAAUACUAAUGGUGUGCAGGCAGAAUUCUUGGAUUAUGACAGAUUGAAACAGGAUAUCUUGGAAGAAAUGAGGAAGGAGCUUCAGAAACUAAAAGAAGAACUCAUCAAUGCAAUCAGACAGGAACUGAGUAAAUCCAACAAUGCAUAGACAACGUGUCAAGUGGAAUUGACCCUUUUAUUAAGAAUUGAUGACAAAUGACAGUGAGAGGGUGAUGAGAAAAUGACAAGACAUCCAGCAAAAAAAUGGGAGGGAAGAGCUCUCCCACGUUCUGCAGUUGGAGAUUUUGCAGGCAGCCUCAUCACACCGUUGUGCUUUUCUUUAUUUUUCCCCCUCACUGCUUGCCGCUUUUUCUGACUUUUUUCUCAGAGGAAGAGAGUCUUCUUACUGUAAAAUUAUGCAAAUUUCUUAAGUCAGUCAAAAUCUAAUCACGGUGUGCUGAGAAGUCACAUAAAUUGAAAGAAAAAAUUUGCACAACAAUUGUGUUUCUUUUUGUUUUUUCCUCUAGGAGGUGGCUUAUAAUUUGAGCACAAAUCUUAGAGACAUCUAACUAUAGAGCAGUUAGUGCUAUACUUUUCCCAAGAGUGUAGUCCUGCCUGAAUUGGAAUGGAAAAGUUUAUAAAUAUAGGAAGAUGCAUUGAGUAUAAAAGCCUGGCAGAAUGGUAUGUGCUCUGUAGUGAAGGUGUCCUGGGAUUUUCUUUUAAUAUUCAAAGCAGUGGCAGUUCACAGGGUUUAAGGAUACAGAGAUGCCUUCCUUAGUUUAUUAUUGUGAUAAUGCUUUACCAAAUCAAAGACUUGUCUGUUAAUCUAAUCAGUAAUGUACGUUAAUCAGUGUACUGUCUGUAAUCAUUUUUCCCUGACUGCGCAUGUUGAGAUGUAAUUCUUUUUAUAGAUCAAAAUUGUCUGUAAACUGGUAUUUUAUCCCAUUCUAUCUGAGCAAUAGUCAGUCAUGUUAAUUUUCCGUCUAGUUGCCUUUUUUCAUGGAGAGAGUGGGGUGAGAAUGGAGCUGAGCAAUCUGACACAAUGUUCUCAUGUGGCUCACAUCUGUAUAUUCUAAUAUACCUUGUGCAUUUCUGCACACAUUAAGUUUUUCAGUUUUCAUAAAGUACUUUUGGCUAAUAGAAAAGAACCACUUUCUAACAUCUUGUUUGUUUACAAGCAGAUGUGAUCCACAAGUGGACACAAAAGGAUGUUGAACUAUUAAGGGUACAAUUAUAGAGACCUCUUAAUUCCUAAUCAUUGGGUAGAGUCCUUAGUCUCAUUUGUGGCUGUAAAUUCAAAAAUGUCCUCCUCACAAAGUAAUUUGCUGCUAAGAUGGAACAUUUUGUUUUCCACUGGGUAUUUUAUCCAGCAGUCUAGAGACCCUGUGUAGCGCGUGGGUUUGAUGACAUGCCUCUGGGAUUUCCACCAAAAUCCCCAUCUAUCAUAUCCACAGGUAGCUUUGGGGUAUGUUUGCUUUCUUUUCUGGGCUACUGAAGAAGUCCGGUUCCACAGGAGACCUAGCUAAAGCUGUGCAUAUUAAACAUGAACAAUUGGUUUGUUACUUGGUCUUGAAAAAAUUUUUUAAUGUAGCCUGGCUUUUUUAAACUUCAGAUUUUAGCCUGACAUGGGCCUCCAGUUUUCAUAGUUGGACUGACAGGGCAGUGCUGUGAUAUUCAAAUCAUUCUUUGAAGUGGUAUCCUCUCCAGAAACAGGCCACCAACUCCAACUGUUUAACUUGGAUUAGUCCCUGUUGUUUGGGAUAGCACCAACUGGACAGCAUAGUGGCAGUGAAGCAGGAUUCUUGAAUUUCAAGUCCUUUACAUUUAGUAACUUCUGGAAACUGACUAUCUUUCUGCUGCAGACAGUUACUAAUGGCUUGUCUUGCUUCCAGCGUUACUCAUCUCUAAUAAUCACCCAUCACUUACGUGCCACAUGGCUGUUUCGAGAACCAGAUUUUGUUUUGUUUAAAGGUGAGAAUACUGCUUCAUAUGCAGCAUUGCUUCAGGGACUUUCAUAGAUGUCAGAAUAAAAUUCCUUUUCCUUGCCCGCUGUGUGAAUCGUGAACAGGGUGCUUAAUAUAUUUUUUAAAAGUCUCCAGUGAGAUUGCUGGGUUUUUUUAGCAUGUCCCAAAUUGAAAUCCAGUGUCAACUACAGUGUUAACCCAAAAGCUUUCGAUUAAAAUUGUCUAUGUGCUUUAGCAACUUUCAAUUUUAAAAAAAGUCAAAUAAUUUCAAUAACAAAUUUGCAUAAACAGCAUUAGAAAGUUUAUCAAAUCUUCAGUUCAUAUCUUGUGGUCCUUGAUCAUUGAAGUAUAUAUAAUAGUUGCCAGGGUAGCUCCCAAUCCUAGUCACCUGUUGAAUGGUGGGUAAGUGUAGUUGUAUCCUUGUUGUCUAGAUUAUAAUGAACUCAUGGGAUCUCAUGAAAGUUCUAGAAAAUUAAACUUGUGUAAAAGAUAAUGAAAUGGCUGGUUUGAUUGCCAGGAUGAUCAUUAACUACUUAAUUUCGAAGCAUUUUUCACUAUGAUAUUCAGAUAUGUAAAAGCAUACUCUAGAAUAAAAUAGUCACAAGCACUGUUUUUUUUAGAUUAAGAAACAUUUAACUUUUUUUAUAAGGUGAGAUUUUUCCCUUUUUGAAAUGUUCAUUGAUUCUUUUCCUUGAUUUAUCUCCAGGUAUUCAGACCAAUAGAUUCAGAAGAAUAUCAAGGGGAAGGGCAUUGGUAAUGUUGUGGAUAGUCAUCUUCCUUACAUAAUUUAUUCUUUCCUAAAUCUCAAAAGAGGUGAUUGACUUCUGCAUAUUAUCUGACCACAAUAGGGACCAGUGAUGAUUGUGCAGAAGAGGAUCUUGACCACAGUCCUAUAUUCUAACACCAGGGCAACUGGUCUAUAGGAGUUUCCAUGUGUUACAUCAGCCAGUGCUUAGAGCUUAAACCAACUUCUUCACCAAAUGAUGGGCAAAAUUUAUUCUAUCAGUUAAAAAUAGCAUGGGAAAUACUGGGUAAUUCCACACUGCUAAGCUAUCUAGUCUUAGCUGCUUGUGAAAAAAAUAUUGAAGUUUGAAGUUUUCAUCCAGUACUGCUAGAAGCAAGAAUCAAGAUUCUGGCACAUAGAAUCCCUAGUGUGGAGGCAGGUGAUUUAGCCCAUCAAGGUCCACACAGCCAUUUUAAUCACAGCUAUCUCAGAUGUACUUUCAAGUCAAUAUUUAAGGAAAUAAAUUUGCUUUUCCUAUGAGUCAGCAGAAAUUAAGUCAUUUAUUUAAUUAUUAGUGCAGCUAUUCAGAGGACCACUGUAUCUUAACUAAUGCACCUAUCAGUAUAGAAAUAAAAAUAAUUCCACUUCAUAUUGGGGUGAAAUUUAAAAAAAACAUUAUUCUGAAUGGCUGAAAUAAUUUGUGAUGGUUCAUUAUACUUUUGCAUCUGUCUCCUUCCAUAUCUUGGUCUCAACAUUUUUAGUCAACUAGACCCUGAUAAAUGUACAAUUAUUUGGAGAAAUACUCUGCUUGAUCAGGUUUGUAUUGACCUUAAAGGAUAUGAGAAUGGUAUACUAAGGAAUUCACUGUUAUCCAGGCCUUAUUUUAUUACUGGACAUAAAUGUUUCAAAUUAACAUGCCACACAGUCAAGCUACGAAUUUUAAUGGUUUACAUUUAAUUUCCUUGGAUCUCCUGUUCAUGUAUCAAUAAUAACAGUUGAGAAAUGGCUAGAAUCAGAACAUUGACUGCUGAUAAAAGUACAUAUUUUUCCCAUUUUUUAUGCCUCAGGACUUUUGUCCUUCGAUUUAGGAUUUUUUUAAUACUCUUUAUUUUGAGAGUCGGUGAAUCCUUCAGGAAAAGUGUUCAAAUUUCAAUUUUUUAAACAUCUCAUGGUGAAUGUGGACAAAAUUGUACAACCAGUGUUUGAGUGGCCUUAUCAAAAAUUGAAAAGUUUUUAAGUCUAAUUUAGCUAUGAAGAAGGGCUGGAUAAGCUCAAGUUGUUUUCUUUAGGGCACAGAAGGCUGAGAGAGGACCUGAUUGAAAUGUAUAAAAUUGUGAGGAGCAUGGACUGGGUGAAUAGAAAACAAUUGCUUCCCUUGGUUGAAGGGUCAUUAACAAGGCAUAAUUUUAAGCUGAUGGGGAAGAUGUUUAGAGGCAAUUUGGGGAUAACUCCUUUUUGCCCAGAAGGUGGUGGGAAUCUAGAUUGCAUUGCCUGGUAGAGGGAGGAACCUCCACCACCUUGAAAAAGUAUGUGAAUGAGCACUUGAAAUGUCAUUCUGGAUUAGUGGUGCUGGAAGAGCACAGCAGUUCAGGCAGCAUCCAAGG